CAUCAUUUUCGCCUCGUGGAGACGGUUGGUGAACUGUUGCCGACGGCUGCGACAGAUCUCAACAUUUUGCACCGAAAAAUUAAAAUAACAGUUAUUUUUCAUGUCUAUCUGAAUGAGGUUGAAGCUUUUUGUGGAAGUGUUUAAUGAGACGCUGCCUUGUCAGUUUGCCUUGUGAUAUUCUGGUUGAAUCAAGUGUGAGAUCAUCUUUGGAGGACUACCGACUUACAGCUCAAAAUGGGGUACGGACGGUCGGACAGCUACCGCGUGGCCACCACGCAGGACAACGACGACAAGGAGUCACCCAAGAAGAAGGGAGGCAAGGAUCUGGAUGACCUGAAGAAAGAAGUACCCAUCACGGAACACAAAAUGUCUGUUGAGGAGGUUUGCCAGAAAUACAACACGGAUAUCGUGCAGGGUUUGACCAAUGCCAGGGCAGCAGAGUACCUGGCCAGGGACGGACCCAAUGCCCUGACUCCACCCCCUACCACCCCACAGUGGGUCAAGUUCUGUCGUCAGCUGUUUGGUGGCUUCUCUAUCUUGCUGUGGAUCGGUGCCAUCCUCUGCUUCUUGGCCUACGCCAUCCAGGCUGCGACAGAGGAUGAGCCUGCUGGGGAUAAUUUAUAUCUGGGUAUCGUGCUGUCGGCUGUCGUCAUCAUCACCGGCUGCUUCUCCUAUUUUCAGGAAGCUAAAACCUCCAAGAUCAUGGAGUCCUUCAAGAACAUGGUCCCUCAGCAAGCACUGGUGAUCCGAGAGGGAGAGAAGAUGCAGAUCAAUGCUGAGCAGGUGGUAGCAGGAGACCUGGUGGAGGUGAAAGGAGGAGACAGGAUCCCUGCUGACCUUCGCAUCAUCUCCUCCCAUGGCUGCAAGGUUGACAACUCAUCCCUGACUGGAGAAUCGGAGCCCCAGACCAGAUCUCCUGACUGCACCCAUGACAACCCCCUGGAAACUCGCAACAUUGCUUUCUUCUCCACCAACUGCGUCGAAGGAACUGCGCGUGGUAUUGUUGUGUGUACUGGUGAUCAUACAGUGAUGGGUCGCAUUGCCACACUUACCUCAGGCCUGGAGACUGGCAAGACACCCAUUGCUAAGGAGAUUGAGCACUUCAUCCAAAUCAUCACCGGCGUGGCCGUCUUUCUUGGAGUGAGCUUCUUCGUCCUCUCCCUCGUCCUGGGUUACAGCUGGCUGGAGGCUGUGAUCUUCCUCAUCGGCAUCAUUGUGGCUAAUGUGCCCGAGGGUCUGCUGGCUACAGUCACUGUGUGUUUGACUCUGACAGCAAAGCGAAUGGCUCGUAAGAACUGUCUGGUGAAGAACCUGGAGGCUGUGGAAACUCUGGGUUCCACCUCCACCAUCUGCUCUGACAAGACCGGCACCCUGACCCAGAACAGGAUGACCGUGGCCCACAUGUGGUUCGACAACCAGAUCCAUGAAGCCGACACAACGGAGGACCAGUCCGGUUCCUCGUUUGACAAAAGUUCAACAACAUGGGUGUCUCUGGCUCGUAUUGCUUCGCUUUGCAACCGUGCUGUGUUCAAGGCCGGUCAGGAAUCUCUCCCCAUUCUUAAACGGGAGGUUGCCGGCGACGCCUCCGAGUCAGCUCUGCUCAAGUGCAUCGAGUUGUCCUGCGGCGCUGUCAAAGCCAUGAGGGACAAGAACAAGAAGGUGGCCGAGAUCCCGUUCAACUCCACCAACAAGUAUCAGCUCUCAAUUCAUGAAUCGGAGGAAGAAAAUGACAACCGCUACCUGCUGGUGAUGAAGGGAGCCCCUGAGAGGAUCCUCGAUCGCUGUUCCACCAUCAUGAUACAGGGCAAAGAGCAGCCCAUGGACGACGAGAUGAAGGAGUCUUUCCAGAACGCCUACCUGGAACUGGGAGGACUGGGAGAGAGAGUUCUGGGUUUCUGCCACCUGUUCAUGUCGGAAGACAAGUAUCCUAAAGGUUUUGCGUUUGACACGGAUGACGUCAACUUCCAGACAGACAACCUGUGCUUUGUUGGCCUCAUGUCCAUGAUCGAUCCUCCUCGCGCUGCCGUGCCUGAUGCUGUGGGAAAAUGCCGCUCAGCUGGCAUCAAGGUCAUUAUGGUGACUGGUGACCAUCCAAUCACAGCCAAGGCCAUAGCUAAGGGUGUCGGCAUCAUUUCCGAGGGCAACGAAACCGUGGAAGACAUUGCUGCUCGUCUGAACAUUCCUGUCAGCCAGGUUAACCCCAGGGAUGCCAAGGCCUGUGUGAUCCACGGCACCGAUCUUAAAGAUCUGAAUCAGGAACAGAUGGACGAUAUUUUAAAGAACCACACAGAGAUUGUCUUUGCUAGAACCUCCCCUCAGCAGAAGCUCAUUAUUGUAGAAGGCUGCCAGCGACAGGGAGCCAUCGUGGCUGUGACAGGAGAUGGUGUGAACGAUUCCCCUGCCCUGAAGAAGGCCGACAUCGGUGUUGCCAUGGGAAUUUCUGGCUCUGACGUAUCCAAACAAGCAGCAGACAUGAUCCUGCUGGACGACAACUUUGCCUCCAUUGUCACUGGAGUGGAAGAAGGUCGCCUGAUUUUUGACAACUUGAAGAAGUCCAUCGCUUACACUCUGACAAGCAACAUCCCAGAGAUCACACCAUUCCUGUUCUUCAUCCUGGUCAACAUCCCCCUGCCCCUGGGUACCAUCACUAUCCUCUGCAUCGACCUGGGAACCGACAUGGUUCCUGCCAUCUCUCUCGCCUAUGAAGCAGCAGAAAGUGACAUCAUGAAGCGCCAGCCAAGGAACCCACUGAGGGACAAACUGGUCAAUGAGAGACUCAUCAGUAUUGCCUAUGGACAGAUCGGCAUGAUCCAAGCUCUUGGUGGAUUCUUUGCCUAUUUUGUUAUCAUGGCUGAAAAUGGUUUCCUGCCUUCUGUGCUUGUUGGUAUCCGGCUGAACUGGGAUGAUCGCUCCAACAACGACCUGGAGGACAGCUAUGGGCAGCAAUGGACCUAUGAACAGCGUAAGAUAGUGGAGUUCACCUGCCACACAGCGUUCUUCGUCAGCAUCGUGGUGGUUCAGUGGGCAGACGUCAUUAUCUGCAAGACCAGACGCAACUCUGUGUUCCAGCAGGGAAUGAAGAAUAAGAUUUUGAUAUUUGGCCUGUUUGAGGAAACGGCUCUGGCCGCCUUCCUGUCCUACUGCCCGGGGAUGGGCGUGGCGCUACGGAUGUACCCUCUCAAGCCCAGCUGGUGGUUCUGUGCGUUCCCGUACAGUUUCCUCAUCUUUGUUUACGACGAGAUCCGAAAACUCAUCCUUCGCCGAAACCCUGGAGGCUGGGUGGAAAAAGAGACUUACUAUUAAAUGAAAACAUCAUUAAGCUCCGACCCCAUCCCUCCCUGAACUCAUCCCAGCCUCUCUCCCCUUCUUUCCUCUUUCUGCUCAUCUGUCUCUCAUUUUUAUUUUAUCUAAAAUGUACAAGAAAAAGAUGUUUACUCUUCCUCCCAUCUCCUCUCCAUUCCCCAUCUUCAUUUCUAAACUAGCUAAAAAUACAACUGCCAAGACAACGAGAGGACCAACAACAGAAGGGGUGAGGAUGGGGGAGGAGCGGCCUUGUAUAAACCCUCCCCAUCCUCUCCGUCCCUCUGUCCCUGUUUUUCUAUCUAAAGCUGACAGCACUAAUCUGCCAGAAACACUGUUUGUGCCGAUGAUGUUUCUCCAUCGCUGGCUGCAGCCGCUCAUCGUUAGCGUGCUCGAAUUUCACCGCUGCUCGGAGCUCGACAAACAUCCGAUUCCAAGAAUAAAGACAAAAACCUGACUGUUCCACCAAAACCAUGGCGGCUCCUGUCUCGACAUCCGAAGCGGGCAAAUGUCCUGUUUUUAUUUUCGUCCUGGAGUAAAAUCGCCCAGAUCCAGCUCUGUAAUCACUGCCAUUCCUCCCUUCUUCCCUCUUUUCCUCCUUCUCUUUAAUCACUGCCAGAACUCCACUGCUGUCCUCCUCUUCCUCCUCCUCUAUCUGUGAAAGAACCAGUCUCACCAGUAAACUGAAGCGCUCACUCACGCCCCUAGCAGGGUGUAUAAAAAGCUCACCCCUCAGACUCCUUCCCUCCCUGUCCUCCUCCCAUCCCUGGGUUGUUCUGUUGUUUUCUAAUAGGCGACUUGUGUUUUUUAUUGUGGGUUUUUUUAAAGUUUGGAGUGGGUCUGAGAGCUGCUUGUUUUCAUUCAGACAUUGCAAAACACACCGGCCCUCCGUAUCCUGCUCUUCUCACACCUGUACGAGCCCCGAAGCCCUCUUCCUCACCCCACCUGUCGAUUUGUCCCAGUUUGUCUUUCUCUGUCUGUGAACUGUGGAGUCCCUCCGUGACCCUUAAACCCGAUUUCACUCCUGUUCUCCCCCCGUCACCUCCCUCAUCCCCAUCACCUGACCUCCCUCCCACUUUAAAAAUAAAGAAAACAAUCUUUCUGUGUCCUAGGAAAAAGAGAUUUCUCUCCAGUUUCAUUCUUUAAAUCUGUGGAAAACAUGGAAUAAGGGCCUUGUACCUUAGCUUCUGAAACAGCAGCAGACGGAAAAAGAAUAAAAUGAAAUAAAACAGAAGGAUCUCUCUUUUUCAGCUUGGUCUCCAGUUUUGUUUUGUGUGGAGUUAUGUCAGAAAAUGGAAAUAAAUUCUGUGACCAACUCUUA